AUGACAAAGUAUUAUGCGGUUAAAAAUGGUAGAACCAAAGGUAUAUACACAGACUGGAACUCUUGUUCCAAUCAGGUAAAGGGCUAUUCUGGUAGUCAGUACAAGUCUUUCAAAACAAAGGCUGAAGCAGAUGCAUAUUUAAAUUCAUUUUCAUCAGUUCCUCCAUCUUUAAGGCCCAAUAUAUCAUUGGCUAGUUGUCGCAGUUUACGCAGCUCACCCCAACCUUAUCUAACACCUAGCAUCAGUACAAAACCCUUUACUCAUUCAAAGGUUGAGAUUUACACAGAUGGUGCAUCCAAAAACAACCAGAAAGCUAAAACCGGAGGUUCAAAGGCAGGUUAUGGUGUUUAUUACGGUCCAGAUGAUCCCAGAAAUUACAGUGGUCGUGUCACUGGUGAACAGACUAACAACAGAGGUGAACUGCAGGGUAUCUUGCAUGCACUAGAGAAUUCAUAUGAAGAAGUUAAAAACGGCAAGAAAAAUACGUAUGUUAUUCAUACAGAUUCUCAAUAUUCAAAGGAGGCUAUUACCAACUGGGGCAAAGCAUGGGAGAAAAACGGUUGGAAAACUAGUAGUGGCACCGAUGUUGCCAACAAAGACCUGGUUAAGCAAUGUCGUGAACUGGUGAAGAAGAUAGAAGAGAAUUCUGGGAAGGUGGAAAUCGUUAAAGUGAAAGGCCACUCGGGAGUCCAUGGUAACGUUAUGGCCGAUAAACUUGCCGUUGACGGAUGUUUCAAAUAA